CGCGUUAUUGGAACGGAGGAGGGUGCGCAGGACACGUGCGCCAAACCUUUCCCAGCUCAGAGCAGGAGGCACACAGAGGCGGGGUGGAUGUUGCUCCGGCGCCCCUAUUCAGUUCAUCACCACUACUGGAACAGCAAGCACCGCAACCUUCAGCAUCCACCAUGAGGCUGUACAGGGCUUUAUUCCGUCAGGCUCGUGCCCUCAUAGAAGAGAGACUUGACUACUACUCUCAGUUCAAUCCAUCGCCUCUCUCCAUGCAGCAGUUCACGGAUUUUGGAGAGAAUGCUACUAUCUCUGAAUCCUUCUUGUUCCUGAAGAAGGAGCUGCCAGUGCGCCUGGCCAACAUCAUGAAGGAGUUCAACCUGUUGCCUGAGAACCUGCUCCACAUGCCAUCUGUAGGCGCCGUUAGAGAUCUCUAUCGACGCAGCUUCAUGGACUUGCUUGAGUUUGACACUGGCAACACCCCAAAUAGCACUGCCACCUUAGAAAAGUUCACAGAUGCGCUGGUGAAGAUACGCAAUCGCCACAGUGAUGUUGUUAUGACGAUGGCUCAGGGCGUGAUGGAGCUGAAGGAUGCACAUUCAAUUAAUGCCAACACUGAGGCUAAUAUCCAGUACUUCCUUGAUAGGUUCUACAUGAAUCGUAUCUCUAUCCGAAUGCUUAUUAACCAACACACUAUUCUAUUUGGGGAUAGCAUCAACACUCAGAACCACAUUGGAUGCAUUGACCCUCACUGUGAUGUGGUGCGUGUAAUUGAGGAUGCAUAUGCCAAUGCUCGAUUUCUGUGUGACCAGUACUACUUGGCUUCUCCUGAGCUGAUCCUCACACACCAUAAUGAGAGGGACAAGACUAGCAGAGUCAUAAAGCGAACAGAUGGCCCAGCUGACAAAAACCCAGUAUCAGUGGUCUAUGUACCCUCCCAUUUGUACCACAUGCUAUUUGAGCUCUUCAAGAAUGCCAUGAGAGCAGUAGUGGAGCACCAUGGCCCUGCAUCAGACACCUUCCCCCCAGUACAUGUGUUGUUGGUAAUGGGUCAAGAGGAUCUCACCAUCAAGCUGUCCGAUCAGGGUGGUGGAAUUCGCAGAAGCCUGAUGGACUUGCUCUUUAACUACAUGUACUCCACGGCACCUCAACCCGCUGUCUCUGGCCUAGACACUCCUCCCUUGGCUGGCUAUGGCUAUGGCUUGCCACUAUCUCGACUGUACGCCCGCUACUUUCAUGGUGACCUGCAGGUGACCUCUUAUGAUGGAUAUGGGACAGAUGCCACAAUCUACUUGAAGGCACUCUCAAGUGAAGCGAAUGAACUGCUGGUAUACAAUAAGACCUGCCAGCGUCAAUACUCCACUCCAGUCCAGACACAUGACUGGUCUUCACAGGUUCACUCUGCCAUGUUUAUUCGCCCCUUCAGCACCACGUCACGUAACAAGCAUGAACAGAAAUCAUCAUAGCCUUUGUGAGGCAUAGUGUUGCCACUACAGACCCUCUCCACCAUAUCAUACUAUGUAGUCUUCUAAUGUAGAAGUGUCAGUCCAGAUAUGACCCUUAGGGCACUCUGUAAUUGAGGUUGAGUUUUCAAAUCAAAGGUGAUUGCUAUUAUUGUUGUAAUUAUAUACAUGACUCAAAUUAGGUUUUACAGUGGACUUGUCUGUUGUUAGGUAACUGCCAAAGAUUUUCUUCCCAUUAAUUAAAUAUAGAUGAGUUCUUUUAUAGCUCAGGUUCACGUAUUUGUAUUGUACCAUGUGACUGAGGUUGGGAAACCCUCAAAUGAUAGACUGCUCUUUGAGAGAGCUACACAGACAUCAUAAAUCCUAACAUACAAUGCCUUCACGCACUUGAAGAAACAUUUACUCGGGUUUCAAGAGACUAUGGCACUAAAGUUCUGGGAUUCAGUGCAGAAAUAGUGGGCCAUUAUGAGUUUAUUACUUGUGACAAAAUCUUGGCCAUGAAGUAUAUAUGGCAUUUAGAUUGGUGCUGAGGUUGCUGCAGAAAAAUUCUUCAUCUUAAUAGUGGUGGCUUUUCUUGAAAUCUUCCAUGAUUCUGAUCUGGCAUUUUAAAGUACAGAUUAGCAAUCACUGAUUGCAUAGUUUUAAUGAAAUAUUGACAUGAGGAUAAUUCAAGUUUCUUGCAUCUUUCAAAAAUUGCUAUUAGGUCUACAGUAAUUUUUUAAAUAAUAUAUGGAAGACAUUUCUUAGUAAAAAAAAAAAAAAAAAAAAAAAAAAAAAAA